AUAGCAUAGAGCAUUGGUUGCCGCAUAGGCUCAACCAAGUCGCUUCUUGGCACGCACCAGAAGCCACGGAAUCGCCUUGAUCGCCCAGAACUUGACGGGUGUAACCAGAAGACAGCAAGCAAGGCUCCCAGGGGGAUUGAAAUUCACAGGAUGAGUGUCCGUUUCGACAACGUGCUCAACUGCAGGGACGUUGGCGCCACUGUCAACCAGUAUACCGGACGCAGGAUCGUCAAAGAAGGCUUAAUAUUCCGCUCUGCUCGGCCAGACGAUGCCUCCCUCAAAGAUAGAGAAGUCCUCCGGACAGAAAUCGGCAUCAAGACAGUCAUGGAUCUGCGGACAAAGACUGAGCACCUCAAGCAAGCUGAGAAACGCCAGGCCGACCGCAAGAUCCCCGCGCUACUCGCCUCCAAUGCUGCCCUCGCGGAGCCCGUCCAGAUCCCGGGGCUCAGGUAUCUCGAGAUCAAACUCACCGGCCGCAAGUUUGAACGCUAUCUCCUGAGCCAGCUGUCGUGGCUGCAGUUCUUCAAAUUCCUCUUUCUCUUCCUGUUCGGCUUCCGCAUGCAGGCAAUCAGUGUGAUUGGCCGAGAAGUCAUGCUUCCCCGAGGCUUGAUCGGGUUGGGGAUACUCACCAUGGAACAGUCUGGCGCCGAAGUGGCCGAGGCUCUCCGCGCAUUCCUCCAGCCCGGGGCCGUCCCGCUACUCGUCCACUGCACCCAGGGCAAAGACCGCACGGGACUGAUCAUAGCCCUGGUACUCACGAUCCUCGGCGUCCCCACCGAGGCAGUCGCGCACGACUACCUCCUCUCGAACCCGGGGCUCGAAGCAGAGAAGGAGAUCCGGCUCGCGGAGAUCAGGGCCAUAGGGCUGACGCCGGAGUGGGGCGAGUGUCCUGAUGGGUUCAUCGAGGAGGUCGAGGCGUACCUGCGGCGAGAGUAUGGUGGUGUGGAGGGCUACCUGGAUGGGAUUGGGUUUGGAAAGGGGGAGAGGCAGAUGUUGAUUGACGUCUUGGGUGCUUGAGCUCGCAGCGUUGGGCACGCGUGGCUGGCGGCUUGACGAUGUUGUCCACCUAUGCGUAGGUACGCAGGCAGUCAUCUGGGCACCAGAACUCAACUUGUGAGGCCACACCUUUAGAGCACCACACAUGUCCGGCAUCGCUCAACACAUAUACAGUUAAACCAUAGACACCAUGAUCGUUGGCAACGAAAAUCUAUUGCUUCUUUCUAAAUCUG